AUGGCAGUGACGUAUGACUUCGUGAUAGUCGGCAGUAAGUUCAGCUCAUCCCUCCCACCUUACGCAUCAGGUCCUUUGAUCCGUCCGUUGACCGAUAUUGCAGGUGGCCCGGCGGGCAGCGCAGCCGCAGCAUGGCUCGCCAAGUCCGCCAAGAAACCGCAGGUACUGCUCCUCGAGGCCGGCGGCGCGAACGACGACAAGAACCUGCGCGUCGACGGGCAGCGGUGGACGACCUUCCAGAAGCAGGCCCUGAACUGGGGCUACAAGACGGCGCCCCAGGAGCACUGCAACAACCGGGAGCUCGACUACUCCCGGGGCCUGGGGCUCGGCGGCUCGAGCGCCGUCAACUUCAGCGUGUUCACCGUCGGCGCGAGCCGGGACUACGACGAGUGGGCGCGCGUCGCGGGGGAUGACGCGUUCGACUGGGCGCACAUGCAGCGGCGGUUUAAGAGCCUGGAGUCGUUCGACGGGACGGUGCCGCCGGGGAUAGGAAGCCGGUAUGCGGCGCCGAAAGCCGAGGAUCACGGAAGCUCGGGACCCCUGAAAACGGGGUAUGUGGCUGAGGCGGAGAAGGACGUAGCGCCGCUUUUCGACGCUUUCGAGAAGGCGGGAUACCCCUUGAACCCGGACCACAACUCUGGGAAUCCCAUCGGCUUCGCCCUCGGCAUCAACUCGUCUAGUAAGGGCGUUCGUUCUACGGCGACGGACCUACUUACGCCGGCUCCGGAAAAUCUCACAAUCGUCACUGAGGCACCGGUCCAGCGACUAGUAGUAGAAGGUAAUAGGAUUGUUGGAGUUGAGUUGAACGGCCAGCGCUACAUGGCUUCCAAAGAAGUUAUUCUCUCUGCAGGUUCAGUCAACAACCCGAAAAUCCUGAUGCAUUCCGGCAUUGGCCCCAGAGCCCAGCUGGAACAGUACGGGAUACCGGUAGUUAAGGAUGUCCCAGCAAUCGGCCAGGGCCUACGCGACCAUAUGUUUAUCCCCGUAGCCCAUACGCGAGCAGAAGGGACUACAGACCGAGCCUCUUUCUACGGGGACAAGAAAGCCAUGGCCGACGCAUUAGAACAGUGGAAGACGGACGGUUCCGGUCCUUGGGCAAAAUAUGCCUGUGGGCUACCUAUCGGGUGGUUUAAACUCGACAAGCUCCUCGCGUCUCAGGAGUUCCAAGACCUACCUGCUGACGAAAAGGAUUUCAUCAACGACCCGACCGUCCCGCACUACGAAGUACUCAGCCAUUUCCCCCUCCACUGGUUUGUUCCGAAUUUCCCCGACUCGGCCCUGAACUACGCGGUACUCCUAGUCUUCUUAUUCAACGCACAGAGCCGCGGGGAGGUCACGAUACAAUCAGCGGACCCGAACGUGGCGCCGCGGAUAGACCCCAAGUUUCUGGCGACGGCAUUUGAUCGACGCGCCGCCAUCGAGGCGCUACGUGAUGCGAUGCGGUUCGUGCGGUCCGAGGGUUACGCAAAGGAUAACGUGUCGGUCAUAACAGGACCAGUAAGCGAUUCGGAUGAAGACUUGCUCGAGUACUGGCGUCAAACUAUAGGAUCAAGCUGGCAUAUGACCGGAACGGUACAGAUGGGUCGUCCUGGCUCUACCGAUGCGGUUGUAGAUAAUAACUUCCGCCUCAUUGGUUUCGAGGGCCUUCGCGUCGCAGAUAUGAGCGUCGUCCCCAUUCUCGCGAGCUGCCACGUCCAGUGCGUCGCUUACCUCACAGGUAUAACGUGUGCUGAGAAACUGAUUGCCGAGUACAAUCUCUCGUAA